AAUGUGUCUUUUGUAAACAAAGUGUAUACUGUGAUAUUGCUGAUGCAAUCGGAAUUGCAACAUUGUAGCACUUUCAACGCACACGAACGCAAAGUGAUUUACCGGAAACAAAUUUCUCUAUAAGACUUCUAAUAAAGCAUCGUACGAUAAAACGGCAGACCCAUGUCCAAGGCGGACAUAUUGAAGGGCAAAAUGCCCAUUACCAUGUUGCAGGAGAUGUGCUUCAAGGUGAAAAGUACCCUGCCGAUCUAUCAGUUUCUGGGCGAAGAAUGUUCACCCCACAGUGUCAAUGUGAAGCUGUUCACCUACAUGGUGACGGCCCUGGGAAAGCAGGCUACGGGUGUUGGUAGAUCGAAGCAAGAAGCCAAACACGAAUCCGCCUGGCAACUGAUCCGGUUGGCACUGGAGCUACCGGCCGGCGAGGAAGACGAGAUGGUUGCGACCGCCGCCGAGGAGCGUGGAUCGCUGGCGGCCCUAGAGAUUGGCACCGAUCGCGUCAAUCAGGUUCGAGACAUCUGCAUUCAGCGUAAUUUCCCGUUGCCCGAAAUCGUGCAGGUGCGCAGCUACGGCCCGUCUCAUGCGCCGGUAUUCGAGUUCGAGUGCCGCAUCCGGGAGAUUGUACGACGCGGGUCGCACUCCACCAAAAAGGGAGCCAAGCAGAUUGCCUGCCAAGAGAUGAUUAAAACACUGCAAUCGAUGCCGGUUGAGGAGCACAGCAUGCAGGUGCUUUCACUCGAUCAGGCUAUUGAAGAAGCGGAGGACAACAACGAGAAUGUGAUAAGAACGUACCGCGAGUACACCCAAUCGGACAAUAAGAAAAAGCUUGGCGUUUCCAUUGCGGACAGGCAUUCGUUUUUCCUCGAGCUGCCCCAGGAACGAAUCGACGAGGCCCGCCAGCUCCUGCUGAAUGAGAAUGAAACGGUGCGCGAAAAGUGUUACAAGAUUGCAACGGCGCUCGGGCUGAAGGCUAAAAUCACGAUCGCCAACAGCAAUAUGCAAACGAUCAAGGGCAGCACCAUGAGUACCUUCGAAUUGGUAAACCCGGACUAUGACUGCUUCAUCUUCGGCGAGGGCGAAUUAUUCUACAGCAAUGUGGUUGAUUAUUUUGUUCGAAUGCUCAAUUGUAAGUAAGAGCAUACCGACCGAGACGAGACUUGAUUGCCCGAUCCAUAGCUAUUCUAGUCGAACGCACUCCGAUGGAGAUUCAAUGCCAAAGCUGUCCAAAUUGUGCAUCAUGCGACUAACGGUCACUGUGCAGGCAAAUGGUAUUGCUCCGCUCCUGUCGAUACUCAACUCCUCUCAUGUACAGUCCUCACUCGAGAUUGAUGCGUCAGACUCCUAAGGGAGGCGAAACAGCGAAGACUACUUGGAUGUCCCUUAUUGUGAGGCAGGGAGCGAUGCGGAGAUAUGGCAUUCUCCUAAGCACGCGUGUUGUACGCUCCAAACCACAAACCUACGUACACACACACACACCAUCCGGUAUGAAAGUGUCUUCAAACGCUGUGCCCCCUUAACAAUCGGAGUCCGCACUCUCGUAAACAUAAACUGAGAUGGAACUAGUGAUAGUUGGAACCCGUCUGCGAUAUUGUUGCAGUCAUUCGAAGCUGCCUGAAGCCAUCGAAGCCCCGUUAGUUAUAACGGUUCCGAUGGUUUCAGGUUGGUCCGAACGGCUCCAACAGCACCGACGGUUGUGACGGUACGAUUUCAAACCCCUAUCACUAGACGAAACGACAGUGUGUAGCGCGUAAGCCGAACUCGAACUCGAGUUCUGAGAGUGUUAAUGGAUAAUGUUUCGUUUGGAGUAAACAGAAUGAAUAUAUAUUUUUAAUUAUAUUUUUUCUGUAACUUCUAGGCGCUGUGUUCUGAAAGCAAUCUCAUGUUUGCUGACGCACCGAUGGAACAGUUGCGAUUUAUUAACAUGGACGGCAUAUCGCAAAUCAUUUCCGGCGAGCUGAAGCGCAACACAAAC